AUGCAUGAGCUGACAGCUCAGGUCACGAGCAGCCUGCUGCCUUUCCCAGCAGUGACCCUUGAGGUUGUGGGAGAGGAUGAAAUCACGCUUGACUCUUUGCUUCAUGGAAAGUUUACUGCCGGGCGUGGAGGACAUGCUUGGCUGGCCUGUGGCCCUCAUCUCGAAGUCAUCCAUGGGCAGACUAGAGAACGUCUGUCUGCGUACUGCUUCAAUGGAGGAGGGGAGCAUCCACCCAGUGUUCUGACCGCAAAGGACUUCAGCUGGCUGAAGAGGUCUGGAUUGCUGGUUGGCUUGGAAGAAACAGAAGGCAGUGUUCUGUGUCUCUAUGAUUUAGGACUGUCCAGAGUGGCCAAAGCUGUGGGCAUACCAGGCAGAAUUACAGCUAUAGAGCCAUUAGUUAGCUAUGGUGGAGCAAGUACCUCCACCCAGCACCUUCACCAGAGUCUUCGCUGGUUUUUUGGCAUCGCUGCCGUAGUAACGGAUCUCGGUCAUGUUCUGCUUGUGGACCUCUGUCUGGAUGAUCUAUCUUGUAGCCAGAGUGAGCAGAAUCCUUCAAGCUUGCAAGUAGUGACCAAAUCUCCAAGAGAGAUUCCCAGGCUCCGAGAAAUGAGCACCAGAGAGGGCAGGCAUCUUUCCCUCCAGCUCAAUGCACCAAAUGGAGUACCAGCCACGGCGCUGCAAUACAUCCCCAGAACAAACCAACUGGUCGUGGGUUUUUCUGAUGGCUACUUGCAAGUUUGGAAUUUGAAGUCCCUCAGAAAAGAAUACAACUCCCAGUUAGAUGGUGGCAGAGUUCCAGUUCAUGCUUUCACUUUCCAGGAGCCGGAAAAUGACCCCAGGAACUGCUGCUACCUCUGGGCAGUUCAGUCUUCACAGGAUCAAGAGGGCGAUACGGUCAGUCUCCAUUUGCUGCAAAUGGCUUUCAGGGAGCGGAAGUGUCUACCCUCUGGGAAAAUUGUUUACGAGGGUCUAGAGUACUGUGAGGAGCGUUACAGUCAGGAGCUGAGUGGUACAGCUUACCCUCUCAGAGCCCAGACCACCAGAACGCACCUGCUUAGGUGCCAGACCAUCGAAAAAUUCCGACCCCAUCCAGACAGGGACGACAGCAUGAAUGAAGUUGCAUCUCCAGACACAAGCAUAUCCAUCUUUAGCUGGCAGGUCAAGACCUAUGGACAGGCAAUGCCGUCUACCUACAUUGGGGUUUUUGACAUCAACCGUUGGUAUCAUGCACAGAUGCCAGAUUCAUUCAGAAUGGGAGAGUCUUUACGCAACUGUCCUUAUAUUGCCAUUUGGUGUUUGGACCCAGUGACACAAAUGGCUUCUCCGCACAGCCUGUUGGAUGUGGUUGUACAGGAUCACAGUCUCAGCAGGGGUAUUCCUUUACCUUUUCCCCCACCAGAACAGUACUUUCACCCAACUGCAUACAACUUUGAUGCCACCUGUUUAUUCAACUCUGGAAUUGCCCAUUCAACCUGCUCUGGAUAUCAGAAAGAGACCUUAAGCUUUUUGAAGAACACUGCUCCAUGUUCCAGUGAUGUCAUCUCUAGCAUCUACUCGCGGUGCCUUAUGUCGGGCCUUCUGUCAUCUCGCCUUGCUGACGCCCACACCUCCAGCCUAUCUCAGGAGGAACAGCUGGAUGCCAUCUUGGCAACUGCAGUAGAGACAUGCUCUUUAAAACCUAUCACUGAUUGUAUCAAGCAGUGGACUGCAGAAGAACAACCAGGCUCUGCAUUAAACCUGCGCUACAUCUUGGAUUGGGCCUGGAACAAAGUAAUUCAGACCAAGGAAGAACUGGAUAGUAUCUGUGCUCCUCUAUUUGACAGUUCAGCAAACUUUACAGACCCUCAGACCCUGCAGCUGAUGCAGCAUAGCCAGAGACUGCUGAAUAACCUCAGUAUUAUCUUCCACUGUCUGCUCACUGAAGCUCAGGAGCUGACGCAGAAGGGUCUAGUUGGUCUGGUCAACAAGAAUGUUGUGUCCAAUCUGAUUUCCAAGUAUGUACAAGUGGUCCUCUGGUUCUGCCGUACUGGCCUGCUCCCUGAAGGAUCAGAUAUUGAUGCCAUGCAGCUCUCUAGGCCUUUCUACUGUUACUCUGUAAUCAGCAACUAUUACUCUAUGCGCAGGGAGGAGCUCACCGCUAUGGCCAAAGACAAGUGGUGCGGAGACUGCUUAAUGAUUGACAAUCUGGUUGGCCAAUGCGGUGAACCCUUGACCAACCUGUGGAAAAGGGAUGAAGGUGGAACAGGACGGUAUCCACCACGGACGAUUCAUGCUUUGCUGGAUAUUUAUCUUCUGGACAGCGUUGAUGAGUCUACCAAACAUGCAAUUGUAAUCUACUUAUUGCUAGAUGUCAUGUACUCCUUUCCAAAUAAGGAGGCAGCAUCGGUGGAAUCUUUUCCUACAGCUUUCGACAUCAAUUUUGGAUUAGUUAAAUUGGUGCAAGGCCUCUGGCUCCUGGACAACCGUGACCACCAGAGGUCAUUUGAACUACUCUUGAAUCCAGCUGCCUCUCAGUGUCAUUUUGCAUGGCAGCAUGAGCGUGUCUUGCAAGCCCUCAUGUGUCAGGGCCAACACUCAUUGGCACUCCGCUACUUUCAUGCAACACGGGCCCCGAUUAACUCCAUGUCUCUGGCCAAACUUUGUCUUUCUGUACUGCUACAUAACAGGUGUCUCACUGAAGCAUGGUUAUUACUACGGCAACACUCAAAUCAUUUCAAUGCGACCGAGAUGCUUGGUUUCAUGUACGAGAGCUGCCAGGAACUGGGCCUCCUCAAAGAGUUGCUCAAACUGCCCCUCUGCCCCACUGAGCAGGAUGCAUUGGAAAAGUUUCUCCUAGGUACUGGUGGACUCCAAAACAAGGAAAUACUGAUGGUUCAUUACCUUCAGCAAGCCAACUACAUACCGGCCCUGCGACUCACCCACAGCCUCAAAAUGCAACAUGUGAAUGAACGAGACCCAAAGCUUAAAGAGCGAUCAAACAUCCGCAACUCUAUAAUGGACCUCUGUGGCAAAGUUUUGCCCAGAGUUCAGAGGAAACUGGCGAUGGAGGCGGCCAGACCCUACCAACAUCCCAGACCCAUCCACAAAGAAGUGACUCGUCCACAACCAUUGUCAACCAUCACCAAGCGUUGCUCUAAUGAGGUGAUGUCUAGGGCAGGCUUCAUCAACAAUGUGCUGACCAAAAUUGAGGAGGUGUGGUUAGGCAAAGGAGACCAGUCACAGUCCCCUGCUGCUAAGAGUCCUAGACCUUCUGGAUUCCUUAAACCUGCAGCUCAAGCCCAACCAGAACCAUUCCUGGGAACUCCUAUUAGAAUUGGCUCUAAACGAUUUUCAAGGCUCAUGGACGUGGUGGUUCAAAGCCCUCAAUCGGUUCUCAGUCCUCCCAGGCCCUCUUGGGCUCAUCUAAAAAGCACCACAAGAGCCCCAGAGUUCAGCUUGCUGCAAACGCCACCAAUUGUUAAGCGUGCUCGUGCCAUGACUGCUUCUAGCGCCGCUUUCUCAGACUUUGCCCCUCAGUCCAUCCUCCGCAGUACUCCGAGGCCAAAUCCCUUGGCUACUCCUUCCGCAUCUCCUGGCCGAUCCGUCACCCCUCCACUCCGGGGCAAAGAAAGCAGGAUCACCUUUAGCGAGUCUUCUGAACAGGAAAAGGACAUCCACUGGACUAACGGGAUGGUAUCAGAAAGUGAGAUUAACCCGCUCACCAAAGGAAUCGACAUAUCCCACACACGCAAGUCAUGGUCUGCACAACUUGACGAAGAUGAGGAAGCGGAGCCGCCCCGCGUGAAGUUCAUGCCUCCUGAAGGUGGUAUUCCAUCACCGCAGUUGAGAUGUUCUAUGAGGGAAUUAUCUCCGAUCCACAAAGCUGAAAUAUCAAGCAAACCGCAUGAUACAACGCAAGCUCAGUUAAUCUUAAGCUUUGACGCUAGUCAGACGUCUUUUCGGUCGACAGACACCACUUUGGAGUACUAUGAUGCACCUCUUUCAUUUGACCAUCAAGGAGAUGGAGAGACUAUUAACUCAAAGGAAGGAAAUGAUGUCGUUGUGGACCUUGAGGACGAAUCAAGGCAGAACUCUAUUCCAGCCAGUGAGCCAGCUCCUCUGGAGAUACUAAGUAAAGAUAAAGACCAGGAACUGAAGGAAAAUAAGAAAUUUGAAAAUGUGAUGGAUAUUGCUGUAGAGCAAGAGGUUGACAUUAAAGAAGUUGAGUGUAAAAUUGAGACUGAAGCAGACAUUGAGUUGCCAGGUGAUCAAGAUGAAACUGAGGGUCUUCUUGAUGAAGACAAAACUGAGUGUGAAAUGGAGGACAACCCAGAUACUGAACCGGGUAUCAAAAAUGAAGAUGUAGAAGUUAUUGACCAGGCACCAACCGGUCAUGGUGAUAAGCUGCUGGACACUGCCCCAGAGACUGAAUCUCAGCCGGAGUCAUCGUUCAGCGAUGAGAACACUGCCCAGUUAGAAGUCUUUGAAUCCGCUGCCAUUUUAGAGCAAAUUAAGACUGAUGGAGACACUCAAACCAUCACCAUUACACAUCAAGUGAAAGCAUGUGAACAUGGUGAAGUCACUGAGUUCAUCCAGCACAUGAACGCAUUUGGAGACACUGAAGUUCCGGCGGUUAUUGGAGAGGUUCAAAGAUGUGGAGACACAGAGCCUGCAGAUGAAAUGGCAAACAAUCUGGAGCAAACAGCAGAUCUGUCUGCUUUUGUGGAGCAACAUCUGUUUGGUAGUGGUCUGUCCCCUGCCCUGCCUCGUUCUGGAAUCCGUGGGAGCAGCAAUGAAGAAGAGUAUACUUCUGCUGAAGCUUACCCUGUGUUCACCAGCCAAAAAUCCACCACCUCUGCGUCAUCUUCCGAAACCACGGGCACAGACUCUCCUUCUGUUGUGAGUUUGAACGAUAGCGAAGAACUUUCAAGUUCUGAGUCCGAAGAGGAAGAAGAAGAAAAUGAGAACGAUGAGGCAGAGGAAGCGUGGAAUGAACAGGAGGAGGACCAUUCUGGUAGUGAAGUGGAAAUAAUUGACGAGGUCCAGGGCAACGGGAGACUGCUAGCGCCCCGACCCAACUUGGAAUUUGUUCAUGAAGACCACGGCCAUUUCUUAUCGACUUUUUCAGAGCAGCAAGCUGCCGAGUUUUCUCUUUUACCGCCAGGUGUUGAGAUAAAGAUGGUCGGGGAGGAAAUGGAAGGCGAGGUUUUAAUGGUGAGACUUGGCGCUGAUACGGAAGCGAUGGAGGCACUUGAGGGUGAAGGUCAAAUAUCAUCCUAUGUGGAGCUCAAACCUUCCAACACUCUCCUGGUUCCUCACGAGCUUGCGGAUGGCCAACAGGAGGUGAUUGACAAUGCCCCACUCCCUGUGCUCCAGCAACCCGUCAUGUCAGAUGAGCGAAGGUGCGAAACUCAUGGGAAUUUCUCUCUAAUGCUGGACAUGGAUGAGGAUGCUGAUGGAGAGGCGGUAGAAGUAACCUCUGGUAACGUGGCGGCAGAACCGGAGGUUAUUCUUCUUGCACCGGACACGCCUGAAUCUGAGGAGGCCACACCAGAAGAUGAUGGACAGAUAAACCUAGUGAUUAAUGACUAUGAGUCUGAGCAGAAGGUUGAAAAACCUCAAGAAGAAGGAAAAACUGAAGAAUGUGAACCUGCCAUUUUAACAGACUCUAAGCCUUUGUUAGUGGCGAAACCUACAGGAGCAUUGGACAAGGAUGGUGAAGAUCAUUUUGUUCCACAAGAUGCCAAUGAGGAGGAGACGGAACAAGAUGAAGUCAUACAUGAAGUCACAGAGGCACAGAAAGUCUCUGAGGACGUUGAGAUGGAACAGACUGUCAGUCAUGUAGAGGUCAAAGGCUCUCUGGAGGAAAUACAACAGCAUCUGGAGCAUACAGAACUGGAAAACAGGGAAGAACGUUCAAGUAACACCGAAAUGUGUGUAGAGGUUCAAGACGAUUUUGGUAUGACCACUGAAACUGAAAGGGCUACCCGACUGAGGAGGACAGUUAGGUUCACCUCUCCUCACUCUGACAAACCAGAGGAGGCAGUAACUUUACACGAAUCUGCGCCCUCUCCUUCUAGACGAAAAUCUUCUAGGAGAGCCGUGACAACCAGACAAAAAAGCACAACAAUGGAACAGGAGGAUGAGGCUACAGAUAAGACUGACAUCACGGUGAAACGCAGGAGCGCUCGGAAAAGCACUCCAAGGAGGUCGAGUCGUAGAACCCUGAAAGACAGUAACGUAUUGCAAACAACAGAGGAGGAAAAUAAACAGGAGGAGUUCAUUACACCAAAUGUCAGAAAAAGCAUCAGAAAGACUAGGCUCAAACCUUCAAAGGGGGUAGAGGAUGAAACUCAGCUCAAUUCCAGCCCAAGUAGAGCGACACGUCGGUCAAGGCGUAUCACUUUUGAUGUCUAUCCAGAGAGCACACCAAAGAUGGAGGCUAGGAUCAGUCACGACGGGCAUGAACCCAAACAGAACAGCAUGAGCCACCGACGGACAAGAAACAAACUUUGGGACCACCCGCAGGAAGAGCUGGUCUUGCUGCCUACACCUUUGGAGGUUGAUUCUGAAACUCCAGUGGCAGAAGCUCUCAUGAAGAGGCUUCAGGAUACAGAGGAAAAACAGAAAGGAGUUUUUGGAAGGAUAUUGAGGUCCAGGAGGACGAUGACAUCCGUGGAUGUCCAGGCGGUAGCACAGGACAAGACCAACCAAGGAGAGGACUCAUUAGUUACCUUGCCCUCACGGAGACGAACCAGAGCUAGCAUAGCAGAGUCUUCUUACCCCACCGAAGAACUUGCAAUGACUGUUACUCGCAACAAAAGAGGUGUCCAAAAGACUUCAAAGGAAGUAUUUACUUCGGAGGACGUCCACGUGGAAGAGGGGAAAGACGUUUCCAAAAGGAGAAAAACUGCCAAGCGAACAGCCAAAUCCUCAUCUGGCUCAGAGCCUCGUCCCCUCGUUGAACCAGUCCUGAUUUCGCCACCGUCCAGCCCGGACACUCGGGUCCUCCAAUCCCAGAAGAGGACCAAGGAAGGGGAGGCGCAGAAGCCAUCAGGCAUGACUCUACGCCGUAGACAAAUCAUGAACAGCGUUUUUGCCAAACCUGUCACACGCAGGAAGAAUCCAUGA